GUUCAUUCAUGUGGAGUGACUAAAUUUUACAAGGAGCGAUAUGACUCUUCGCCGACAAACAAAUCGUCAAUCGGAAAGUCCUUGACAUUGCUGUUCGUAAGGAAGGCUGAAAACACUGAUAAAGCCAACAGCGCACAGUCAUGAAUAACCGGGGCGUGUUGCCUGAGCCGAAUGACUCUGGAAAGCCACAGGUGCAUCCUCUCUACAGCUCACACAACAUAAAGCUGUACUCACACUUCAUACCAGUAUAUGUCCAGCACCCAUGGCCGACUAAUCUGGAGCUGGUUGAACCGGAACCGAGCCAGGUCUCGACAUCUCGUACGAGUUUGCACGGUUCAAUCCAACAGACAAAGGUUGUUGCACAUGUUCGAAACAGCUCUGUUCCUCGAGAAAAACCAAGAGAUCACACACAGAGGAAUGACUGUCCGCCUCCUGCAGCACAUGGGGUAUUGCAUUGCCAGGACGAACAGGGAACUGCUGAGACAGCACUGGGGCUGAUAGCUAGUGCUUCUGAUGACGUUACGUCGCAACCUGAAACAAAUACCAAACAAGAGUGUGAACGUUUAAAGGACUUCCAGACACCGUGCAUUAAUAAAGGACAAGAUAUGGACACAGAGAGAUCUUCGAAGACAGAGCGGCCAUUGAAUAGAAAAAAAGACAAACAGGCUAUGGUGCCCAAAACAGGCCGCAUGUCGAUACCCUUGAUUGCCAUGAAACCAUGCAAGCUGUUGCACAGAGGUCAUGUACCAUAUUCAGUCAUCGUGCGGACGAAGCGCAGGCCAAGUGGUGUGUACAAGAUAGCCUACAAGUGGGAAACUAUCUAUGUCAGUUCGCCAACAAGCAAUAUCAUCAAGGAGCUUCGGAAACAGUUCAGUGGUGAUGGCAAGCAGGAGAUAGUAAAGUUCUUGCUGAAUCUUCCCAAGGAGGAACUUGAGCUGGUGUCAGUGUUCUGGCUUAAUGAGAGCAUACACGUCCAUCACUGUGGAAGGUCCUACCUGGAAUGUAUUAGAGACCUGCAGGGAAAGAAACCAAUGCUUAACGACAUACAACCGAUUCUCUGCUCGAUGACAAAUGCCAGUGUGACAGAAGAUCCAGACAGAUAUAGCCCUUUAGAUGAUCAUAGUGCACCUACAUUCCGCUUGAUGCCGAGAAAGAGACCUGCCUGUGAUGAUGGAGAGAAAUCACAGUUUCAUACCGAUGCAAAGAAAAUAAAGUAUGAUCAACAUGGACAACUGUCAAGGCAUCUUCCGACAAAGAGUCCCAAGGACAUUCCCAUCUGUCGACGUCAAACAACCUUAUCUUCUUCAGCCACAGUGCCGAGUACAGUAAUGAACUUGAAUAUGAAAAUAACUGAGAUGUCACUGAGCAAUGUUUCUACAAUACCAGCCUUGGCCGUCUCAUCCGGACGAAGAUCUCAACCAAUACGACCUUCUGAAGAUAAGUCAAUGAACCUUCAAAACUUUCAUGAAAAUCAGACAACCCAUGAUGUGCUUCAGCAGUUAGGUAUUUCUCCCCGGUCGCCAGAAUUUGAAGCCAGGACCGAAAAUGAUAAUAUUGGGAAAGUGACUGGACAUGCUGUACCAACGAACAUCAUUAGAAAAGAUAAAAGAGUAGAUGCGACACUUUCAACUGUCACUAAAGAGUACCAACCUGCCUGUCCUACCACAAUACAGGUAAAUAAAUAUUCCCCAAAGAAGCUACAACGACAGAGCAUCAGAAGAAAAUGUAAAUCUCCCAGUAAAGAGACAUUAAGAGAUCACUCAACGGUUCUAGGGAAACAUUCACAGACAGGAUCCCCUUGUUUCGAACCAUCCUCUGCAGAGAAGGGCCAGAAACACACUGUCGGUUCUGCACAUUCUCAACACACAAAAAUAACACCUCGAUAUGAGCUUAUGCAGCCUGAGAAGAGAACGAGGGGCAAUGUCUAUUCAGAUCAAGAACAGAGAGUAUCAACAACAAGUGGAAAUGACCCUACUAAGAACAAGAAAAUGACUCCAGUGUCUUCCGAAUCAAUUUCCGAUAACAGUUUUGCAAACAAACCGUCUGUGAUCACGCCUAAUGCUGUAAACCAGAAACCAGAACUAAAUGUGUCCAAACUGUUGGAGAGAAUGUUAAAGGCUGCACCAACCCAGCAGAACCCACCAAACUUUCUUGGUCAGACAAAAACGCCUGGUGAAGGUAGAAGCUGUAAAACCAAGAAUCCACAGUACAAAGGCCGAGGCUCCCAUACUGGAAAGACUUUGGUUUGUGAGUCCAUUGUCUCCAGUACGCAAACAUAUUCUUCAAUCCAACACUCUCAGACAAAAGUUGGAAACAAAACAUCCAGAGAAACACGUAAAAUCAGGGCACGACAAUUGCUUAAGAAAGGCACAGAUUCAACGCAAGGUGUUGGGGUAUUCUCAGUGCUCAAGACCUUUGGCUCGAAAGUUUUGAAUAUGAUGAACCCAUUUGUAACUCCAAACGAUGGUCAGUAGGGUUGCAAACGCUCAAACAACACUGAGCUUAUACACUGCUUUGAACAUGAGUUCAGUUGAUGCGCGGCAGCAGCCCAAACUGAUGUACUCUGUCGGACAAAAGAAAGUAUUCACCCGAGGCUGAUGAUGAAUAAAACAAACAAGAUAUGGUCAUUCUAUGGUGAUGUAUUUGAUACAGGUAUCACAGUAAACUGUUGUGUUUUAGACCUUACGUUUGCAGUGUUGCAGCGACUGUUUUCCGCCUUGUAACGUCUUGAUAACGUUUGGCAUUUUUUGUCAUCUCCAAUUUUCAAGUGUAUCCUUUCUUUUGCCCGGUCACAGACAUACACACUUACCACUGAAAACCCACCUUCACUCGUAUUGUGCUGACAAACAUAAUCAGGUGAAUAUUGGAAUCGAGGCAUCUUGAUGCAGCUCUGAACAGUCGGGGGGCACGGUUGUCUGAGGCGCCGCGUUUCGCCGUGCAGAGUUGCGUCCCUUGGGCUGGCUAGAAACCUAUGAUUGUGGGUUCGA